AUUUAGCUGGCUACACCUAGGCCAGUUAUCAGUCAACGCGUGUGUACGCAUUGCUUAUCAGAAAGAAAAUGUAAUAUUAUUUAUCCUGACUUCACAACCGUGUGAUCACAAUGUUUAGUUUAUACAGGAUAAUACUGAUAAAUACAUUCAUUAAUGUACAGACCGUGACGUCGUCUCUGAUUAGCUGGGAUGCUGCAUGCGGAUCGAAAAAGGGAUGUUUUCCGGACUGUCGGGAUGGGUGUGAAUAUCUCGUCACGUGGUCUACUUCAAGUUCCAGCAUUCAGUUCACGCUGCAAGCGGAAGAGACGGGAACCAACGUGUACCUUGCUGUAGGAUUCUCCAAUGAUUACCGGAUGGGCGACGAUAGCGUAGUAGGAUGCAUUUUACCCAGCUCUAAAGUAUAUUCGUACUACAAUGAGGGCGAUAACACAAAAAUGCUGUCUCCGGCUACGUUAGGUCUAGGUGCUAGAUCGAUUAACCAGUCUAACGGCGUGAUCACGUGUUCUUUCACUAGAAAUCUCAGUGAAGCAGACGACAGAUUUUUCAAUCUCAACAACGACUUCAUUCUCAUGCUAGUAGUCGGGAAAGUGGAACAGAAACGUGGUAAAACUGAAAUGAAGGAACAUGAAAGAAUCCCUUGGAGCAGUGAAAGCAAGGUAGAUUUCAACAGACACUAUGUUGUUGGACUGCACAAACUUAACACACCCGUGGUAAAAUUACACGGUGUAAUGAUGGUCCUUGCUUGGCUGCUAUUUGUUACCAUUGGUAUAGUAACAGCGAGAUACAACAAAAAUAUGCUUCGAGAAAAGGAACUUUUCGGGACUAAAAUUUGGUUUCAGGUCCACAGAGGAGCUAUGGUUGUUGCUCUAAUCUUUGUGAUUAUAGGAUUCAUAUCAAUAUUUGUAGAGAUUGGAGGAUAUAGUCAGGUGGUGUCAACAGACUCGGCGGCGGCUGUGCAAGCCCAUCCUGUCAUAGGAAUCAUUGUUACAGUUUUAGGUUUUGUUAAUCCAAUAAUGGCAAUAUUCCGACCCGGUGGCGAUCACAAACUAAGGUGGAUCUUUAACUGGGCUCAUUUAGGUGUAGGAGCCCUUUCUUUACUUUUAGCAGUUGUGAACAUCUUUCUGGGCUAUUUUCUCGAGCGUUCGAUGGUAUCUAAAAGCGCCAUCUAUAUAACAAUUGUACAUGUAGUGAUCGUGGUCGUCGUCUGCUGCUCUCUGGAAGUCCACAAAAGAACUAACGUAAAACAGACCAAAGAUGCAGCAGAGGUAGAUUCCAAUAGGAACCGGAGAGAUCUGAAAGAAAAGUUUAAUAUAAACAAAAAUCUACCAUUUGUAUUGUUGGUGACGCUUGGAGGUGUCCUGAUCGUAUUGUCAAUUGCUGUUAUUGCAGUAAUCGCCACAAGUUAAUGUACACAUUUCAUGGCUGAGAGCAGAAACUGACUUACAAAUCGCCUCCAGCUUAUUUACACAUUCCAUGGCUGAGAGCAGAAAUUAACUUACAAAUAGCCUCUAGCUAAUGUACACAUUAAAAAAAUUAUGGUCUUAAGCUGUCUUUAGAGAAUGAUCUGUUUAUCUGUUAUGUUAUAUUGUGCCGGACGACAGCAGCAGACAAUCUAUGAUAGAUUCUAAUGUGUUUGAUAGAUUAUAUAACUAGUUUAGAUGCAAAAUAUGAAAAUAAUUUUAAUCUUUUAUUUUGCGGGAAUAUGAAUGCCCGUACCUCAGAUUGUCCUGACUAUGUAACACAUGAUAUUUUUAUACAUAUGAACAUGUUGCCUGAUGACUAUGUUAUUGACACCGAAAUAAAACAAAUAGAAUCUACUGAGUAUGAAAAUGUGAAACGUUUCAUUUCGCUUAUGUACACAACUGUGAAUGCAAGAGUAAAAUAUUGUAACAAAUUAAGUGAUGAAUAUGAAUGGUGUAAAACAAGGGGAAUGCUUAUCUCCCUUUCUCUUUUCAAUGUUUCUAAAUGACCUAGUAGAUCAAUACAUUAAAAGUGAAUUUGAAGGUAUUGAUGUCAGUAUGUUUAAAAUGUUUUUGGUUAUGUAUGCUGAUGAUAUUGAUAUUUUUGCAAAAAGUAGAGUAGAGAUGAGCUGCAAAUGGGUUUAAAUGUUCUUUCAGAUUACUGUGAUAGUUGAAACUUGCCAUGAAUACGUCUAAGACAAAAAUCAUGAUAUUUAGAAAAGGGGGAAGAUUACCUAGAGAUAUGAAUUUUAUUAUACAGAAGACAUUAUUUAUAUUGUUAAUAAGUUUAUAUAUUUGGGUAUUGUUUUUACUACAGAUGAAUCUUUUGCAGAGUGUGUGUGUGUGUGUGUGUUCGGGUUUAACGUCUUUGUCAACAAUUUUUCAGUCGUAUAAACGACGGUGUCUAAUUGUAGCAGUGAGCACAAUGCCCAACUUUAUAGUGCUGCCUCACUGGAAUAUCACGCCGUAGACACGUGGCAUGAUACCCCACCCAGUCACAUUAUACUGACACCGGGCUGACCAGUCGAAUCUUUUGCAGAAGCACAAAAUACAAUUGCAGGCCAAGCAAUGAAAGCCAUAUUUAAAAUGAACAAAUAUCUUUAUAAAUUUGUAAACAUUUCUACCUUCCAUAGAUUGGAUCUUUUUGAUAAACUAUUUAGUCCUAUCCUUAACUAUAGUAGCGAAGUUUGGGAUUUUGUACAUGGCAAUGCAAUUGAAAGAGUUCACAUACAAUUUUGCAAACGCAUAUUAUGUGUUAAGAAAACUACUCAAAAUGAUUUUAUAUAUGGUGUAGAUUAUCUUUCCAGUCAAUGCCAUAUUAUAAUCAUAAAAUACUGGAUAAAAAUAUUGCAUACAAAUGAGAACAAAUCUGUUAACAAAGUGUAUAAUUUAUUGAAAAAUGAUUACGAAAAUUACCCAAAUAAAACAAACUGGUGUUCACUAGUAAAACAUCUUUUAUGUACAUUAGGCUUUUAUGAUGCAUGGUUUGUGCAAAGUGUUGGUAACACUAACCUAUUCUUAUGUCACGUAAAUCAAAGAUUUAAAGAUCAGUUUGUGCAAAAUUGGUCAAAUAGGUUAGACAACUCGAGCAGGGCUAUAUUCUACAGACAUGUUGCUAUUUCUAAGUUUCAACCAUAUCUCAAUUGUAUAAGCAUCAAAUGUGUUUGUAAAAUCUCACUAAGUUAAGAGUUUCUUCUCACAGAUUGCAUAUUGAGACUGGUAGAUGGACUAAACCAAACAAUACACCUCUAAAUGAAAGCAAAUGCUUUUCUUGUGAUGUUUUAGAAGAUGAAUAUCAUUUUGUAUUGGAAUGUAAAGUAUAUAAUAAUUUAAGGAAACGUUUUAUUCCUAUGUAUUACUGGAAAAGACCAAACAUGUCUAAAUUUAUUGAACUGCUAAAUUCUGAAAAUGUUUGCACAAUACGUAAGUUAAGGAAUUUUAUGAACAGAGCUUUUGCUUAAAGAAAAGAAUGGUUAAACGCAGCUCCUAUCAGUGAAAAUAAUGUUAAUGGUUUUUUAAUAUUAGAUAUUUUCUUUUGUUACAGAUGUAUGUAUUUCGUUCUGUAGUCUGUAUAGAAAAAUGAAAUAUUUAAUUAAUUUACUAAAUGAACAUAUGUGCUAUUUUCGUCUGGACACGAUAUACUAUAUACAUUUAACUAAUAUACUAAGAUAUCAUUUAUAGUCAUUUUAAUUUGUAUUUUCUUUAGGCAAACUGCCAUAAGAAUCCUAGUUUAAUUCUCUUUUGCAGCGGGUUUUGUUUAAACAUAAUAGUACCAUAAAGCUAUGGCUAAAUUUACAGUUUAAUUGAUAUGUUGAUCAUCAACAUUCAUAUUGUGUACAUAUUGUGUGAAUAUGUAUGAAGGUAUAUAAGUUUGUAUUAGCAUACAGCAUAUAACAUAUCUAUUGAUCGAAUGCUACUACAUCUACCCACUUAGUAUAAAUCAAUAAUAUAACAUAUUUAAUAGACGAAUGCUACCACAUGUAUCAACUAAUUACUAAACAAUAAUAUAUUUAAAAUGACAUAUUCUGUAACAUGUUUUAAUAUCCAAAUUGUGAUAAGUUCUGUUAAGCACCGGUUUCUAUUACUUUAAUGAAAUCAUUAUUAUUGUAUUAUCAUGUGUUCUUAAAUGUUUGAUAUUUUUGUAAAUGACAAUGAUAACAUGCAAUUUAUUGUAUACCUUCUCCGCUUAACUAUAUCAUUAUUUGCAUUUGUUAAACACUGUCCUGCCAUGUAUUAUGUUU